AUGGGAGCCGUCGUUUCGCUACCAGUCACUCUCGGUGGAUCUUUCAUUGCCUCUGGGCUAGGUGCUUGUUGCUCCAAUCUCUGCUCUGGUAUGAUGACAAAAGUUGGCUCGUCAUCUCUAGCAACUAGACUGUUUUAUGCAGUGUGGUUGCUAUUCAAUUCGUUGGUAUCAUGGAUAUCCAUGUCAGCUAACAAAUCGAUUUUGUGGCCUGGUUCGACAUGUGCCGCUACAGGAGAAUGUGGGUUCUUCACCGUUCACCGUCUCAAUUUCGCUCUGGGAUUAUUGCAUUUGAUGUUGGCGUUACUAUUAAUCGGAGUUAAAUCUACCAAGGAUGCUCGUGCGAGUCUACAGAACUCCUGGUGGAGUUUGAAAUUCCUGGCGUAUAUUGGAUUGAUUGUUUUUGCCUUCGCCUUGCCCAAUAGUUUCUUUGUUUUCUUCUCUAAAUGGGUCUCCGUUCCUGCUGGUGCUGUGUUCAUUAUAGUUGGAUUGAUACUACUAGUGGACUUUGCUCACGAAUGGGCAGAGACUUGCAUAAAUCAUGUCGAGGUCGAGGACGAGAAUUCGGCCUUCUGGAAGAAAUUCCUCGUAAUUGGAACAAGUGCUAUGUAUACUGCAUGCUUGGCUAUGACGAUUGUCAUGAUUGUGAUAUUUUGCAGAGGCAGCUGUACUAUGAAUCAAACCGCAACAACUAUAACAACCCUGUUGACUAUCAUAGUGACGGCCUUAUCGGUGCACCCCAAAGUUCAAGGUGCCAACCCAAGAUGUGGACUGGCCCAGAGCAGCAUGGUUUCCGCUUAUUGUACUUAUUUGACGAUGAGCGCGAUGUCUUCCGAGCCUGACGACAAAAAGUGUAAUCCGUUGGUCAGGUCCAGCGGCACAAGGAACGCAAGCGUGGUUCUCGGUUCUUUAUUCACUUUUGUUGCCAUUGCUUACACUACCACCAGAGCCGCCGCAAAUAGUGCAUUUCAAGGAACUAAUGACAAUGGCGCCAUUUACCUAGGUGAGGAUGAGGAAUAUCCGGGACUUGAUGGACAAUCAAGAAACCAAUUGCGCUAUGAAGCGAUAAAGCAGGCCGUGGAAGAAGGAUCUCUUCCUGAAAGUGCUCUCCAUGACUCGACAUGGAUGGGGUCACCAGGCAUCACAGAGGUCGGAGUAGAUAGGCAUACUGAUGAUGAAAUUACGGGAACAAGAUAUAACUACGCUUUGUUCCACGCUAUCUUUUUCAUAGCCACUCAAUGGAUUGCGAUCCUGCUGACAAUUAAUGUGACACAAGAUGAUGUAGGCGAUUUCAUACCGGUCGGAAGGACCUACUUUUACUCGGAUGUCAAGAUCGGAAGCGCUUGGCUUUGCUAUGGACUCUAUGCAUGGACCAUAAUAGCUCCCCUGAUCAUGCCCGACCGGUUUGAAUACGAUAACUUUUACUGA